GCGACGAUGAGUCGUGGAUUGCAUUCUCAGAUCUGAGGAUUUCCAUCAGCCAAUCAUCAUCGCUGUCGUCUUCAGUCGUCUUCAGAAGUCGGAGGUGGAAUGAACCUGCGCUGCCGAGCGCAUCAGCGAGCUGCCUCGGAGUAAGCGAGUCAAUAAAGCCCAUGGUGUGUCCUGCGCACGACGACUGCGAGUCUGCACCGCCAGCUCCGGCAAUGGAAUUGCCCGUGGUGUUGAAGGUGAGAAAGAUCAAGACCAAGAAGCCCAAAGAGGUGAUGCUGGGCAUCUGCGGUGGAGUGGGCCCCGCUGCUGGGUUGCUGUUGCACCAGCUCAUACUGCAGAACACCGACAGUACUGGAGAGGACCAGGGUCAUCUGAACGUUUGUCACUUCUCACGCUCCGAGGACAUGACCGACCGUACCGAGUACCUUGUCUACGCUGCGAACUCCAGCUUUGAUGCAACUGAUUCCGAUUCAGACAGCGGGUCUACAAACGGGGAUAUGUCUUGCAAUUAUGUGAAGGAAGUGGAGAACCCAGCGUGCGGCAUGGCGCGUACGUUCGCUAUGAUGCACGCCGCAGCCGCUGCUGGCCGUGCUCGGUUGGUCGUAGGCGUACCGUGUAAUACGUUCCAUGCACAGCCAAUUUGGGAUGAGUUCAUACGACGAACAAGGAAUGCGAGCUGUGUACAUCAUGUGCACAUGUUAGAAGAGACGGUAGCAUUCAUUGCAAGCAAGUUACCAUCAUGCAAACGCGUUGGACUAAUGUCUACUACGGGAACACGCAAUUCGCGGGUGUAUCAUGAUUUAUUGGAGCCGCGUGGGUACACAGUGCUGGAAGUGCAUGCUGGAGCGAUGCAACAAGAGCUACAUGAAUCAAUUUAUAACCGCGAGUGGGGAGUGAAGAGUACUGCCCCUGCAGUGUCUUCGCGUUCCGAGGCCAAUUUCCAUCGCUAUACGCUGCAUUUACGAGAACAGGGAGCUGAAGUUAUUAUCUUGGGCUGUACCGAAAUCCCAUUUAUAUUCGCUGGCAAGACCCACUUUGCCGGUUGCCUUCUCAUUGACCCGAUGAUGGCGCUGGCUCGUGCCAUGAUCCGCGAGGCUGAUCCAUCGAGGCUUAAACCUGCGGACAGCAGCAGUACACCCAACAGGGCAUCAAGUACAGUAUGUACUACUGGUAUUCUGUAGUGUCGCGGUCACCUCAUGCCAAUUGUUUGUGAAUAUGUGCACGUAGAGUAAUAGACCUAGAACCACUAAGAUCUUUUCUGUAUUUUACAUCAACGAAGAAAGCUGAUUCAAGAAG